AGAAAUCGCAUAAAUACAACGUUUAUUUAUUUGUGGGAGACUAACGAUUUAUGACACCGCGUACAAUUAGGUAGCAGGGGACAGAAGACCUGUCAUUGACUCAGUUCUGUUAAAAGUGUAGUCUCUUUUAAAAAGAGAUUAUUUCAGGAUGUCUCAUGAUGAUGAAGUGACAAUCCUUUUUGAAAACAACUCUGUGACCCAGGUUCAGGAGAUAUUAACAAAAACCAGAAAUGACAUUGAACGAAAAAAAGAAGACCUCAGAAUUAUGGUUGGGGAGAGGUAUCGAGACCUAAUAGAAGCUGCCGAUACCAUAGCAGAGAUGCAAGAAAGCGCAAAUGCAAUAUGUAAAAAUAUACAAACGAUGGAAGGUCUUUGUGAAAGUCUUCAGCAGCGCGGACUCAUUGGAUUUAAAACGAAGAGCCUUCCAGUCAUCGGUAAUGAUCGGUCAUCGACAUCUGGAACCCAUUACUCAUUAGCUGUUCAGGUGAAAUUGUUAGUAACAAUCCCAGAAACUCUGUGGAGUCUAACAGAACAUGGUCAGUACCUGCAAGCUACUCAGUUACUCUUACUUGCUCAUCAUACACACACUGCUCUGCAGCUGUCACCCAAUGCUGCCAAGGUAACUUCCUGGUUUCCAGUCAUUGAACGCCAGUGGGCAAGUAUUACCCAGUUCAGGUCAACGAUUGUGAGGGGAUGCUCCAAUGUGAUCAGUACAGAAGUAGAUGAUAUUCAGGCAGUAUUAGAUGCCAUGGUAUCAGUCAUGUUGGUUGAAGGUUGCAGCUCCAAAGAGCUCCUUUUCCGUGUCCUCCGGCUGCGGCAUUCAUCGCUCAUGGCAGUGGUGACGCCUAAACCAUCUGCCAUAGCUAAAGCUCAGAUUUCGCAGUUUGUGACGCUGUUUGUUGCCUCAUUGAAUAUCAUCUAUGCCAUCUUUGCAGAAGAGAAUGGAAAGAGUUUGCUUGAACAACGAUUGCAAGAGAUAGUGAAGAAUGAAGGAGAUGACUCGUCAUCUGUUUCUCUCCUUCAAGAAUCGUCUCUUACUUUGUCUUUCCUCCCUCAAAGUAUAAGGCAGUUCAGACCAGUUGUACAUGGGAGCACUGAAGCACUUGGUAAUCAGUUUGUGAAGACACAAGUCAUUUCGUGGUUGAAUUCUGUUCUUGGAGAAGUCUCACAAAGCCUGUGUACUUUACUGUCGUUCACAACCAGCGUGAAAGCCUUGGCCAUGAUUAGAAGCAGUGUUUGGGAAAUUUGUGAGGAAAAGAUAGAGUGGUCCCAGUGGAAUAAGAUUACUGGAACUUUGUACGGUGAUAAAUUAGAUCCAUGGGACUCAUUGGUGAGAAACCAGGUAACAGAAAGGGCUAGACAAGUCAUUUCAUCCCAGCUUUCAUCUAUGAAAGAAGCUAUUAUCCAGAUGGUCACUAAGCUAGCUUCAGAUAUUGCUGCUGACCCAAAAAUUGCACAAGAUGAAGGUGACAUCAGCAGUUUUGUUUGGAGUGAAUCUGCAGGGGAUUUACCAGAGCGUGUUGGUUGGACUUCAGCUUCCUCACGAACUGUUUCACAGGCUGGAGGUUUGUAUUACAAGACCCGGGGUUACACGACUCGUCUGCAAACCAUUUGCCGUGCUCUGAAUUCUAGGUUAACAGCUUUAAUGCAAGAUGUAGCUAAUUUCAGUGGUGGAUCUCCAAAAGAAUUUGCAUAUCAGUUUGAGAAGGAAACACCAUCAGCUGAUCAAGAACGAAGUGCUGCAGAAGACUACAGCUCUUUGCUGAGUUUUCUUCAAGAUGCCAGUUGCUCUACAUUUGUGGAGCUUGUGUUAGAACUAGAAAAACUGGCCAAACAAUAUCAGUCCGUACCAGCACCUGAGAGGCAUCAGGAAUGGGACGAUGAUAUAUGGACUGCUACUCAUUCUGCAGCCUCGACUGUUUUGGUUGUUGUGGGCCGUAUAUGUCAGGCUUUACCAAAUGUUUGCCCCCAGAUGCAGAUCUGUGCCUCUGCAGCUAAUUUGACAAAUCCAGAUGUUGCCAGGCGAGUGUCUUUGGGUUCAAGAGUUGAAUCUGAAUCUUGGUCAAAGGUUCAUCUGGAGUUACAGAACACCAGCAGUCGUCUCUUUGGUCUGUUCUUGGGAUCUCUGACAGAUACUUUGAAUGCAGAACUAAAGGGUUGCCUAACAUCUGAACUCUCACAGGGAGCAGUGCAGGCUAUUAUAUCCUCCUUUCCGACUUGGGAGAGUGUUACUAUAGAGGAGGAAGGAGAAGGAGGAAACAUUGUCAAAUCUUCCAUUUAUGUGCCAGCCCAUCCAACACCUGUCCUUUCUCAAGCACUUGCCCAUCUUUGCUCCUCUGUUAACUGUGUGGCUGCUCAUACAAUAACAAGAAAUGCUCAGUCAGAGUUAGUCAGAGGUGUGUGUGAAGCAGUGACCUCUGCUUAUGAAAGCUCUUUGGGUGAAGCAAAGGAAGUUAAUCAAACCCUUGCACUGCAGCUUAUUUUUGACUUGCGUUUUGUGCAGUCAGUCCUUCUGCCAAGGGAGAAUAAGGAUGUUACUGCUCGUGUGACAACCAUGAUUCAGGACUUGGAGCGGCAGGUUGAUCCUUUUGACUUGGAUGUCUUCUCUCCUCACAUAACAACAAGGGUCAAAUUGGCAGCAUAUAGAGUACAGGUGAUAUUUGGCACUGUCUUUUCCCGAGAUCGUCAGGUGGUCUCAGGUCGUGUCCAGUCAUCAUCUUCAACCUCUGCAUCUGCCAACAAUGCCCUUCCUAUCAUUCUGCCUGUCGAAAUUCCCAGAUUUUCUAAUGUUCCUCUACCUGUGUCUACAUCAAGACCGACAAUCCCAUCUUCAAUGUCUACCCCGACUCUAAGCAUAUCCUCAUCAGUUGCAGAUCAUGUUCCAUCUAAAAUCAUUUCAUCUAAGGGCCAGAGCAGUCCAUCCUCUGUACGCAGAGAGAUGUCAUCAGCAGCCAUGUCAGCCUCUCGCAGUGCAGCAUCUUUGUUCUCCGCAAUGAGCUCUUCUUGGUUUGGAGGGUCCUCGUCAUCAUCUUAACCCAGUUUUUAUGAUGUAAUAUAUUUGGAAAUUCAUCAUUUUCAUGAAGUUCUAACAGGUGUUUGGGUUAUUGCAUAUCUUGCACAUGUAGCUGUGAGGACAGUACGUAUUACGUAUAGUGAUGCACAGAAAGUUGUCUAUAGUAUUUAGUUUAUUGAGAAGGAAUGUGAGACUAUUAUUUGUUUUUGCUAGAAGUUCUGAUUACAAAAUUAUAUUAAUAUUUGAGGAGAUAGGUCUAAUUUUGUUUUUUAUGUAUGUGUUGUACAGUAUUUGUUGAUAGUAAUUUUGACAUAUUUAAUAAAGAGAUAGUAAUGUUA